AUGCCGCAUAUAACAAAUCUGGGAACACAACCAAUUGAAUGGUUCUCCCAGCUUGGAUUUACAGAUCCAAUCUCCCAGCGCCGCAUUACUUUUGAGACUAGGAUCGCAUUCUUUGUUCGUGGUAGCACCAUGUGUCGUUUCGACAUGGGCCUUGUUCAUGAGCGGGUACUAGGUGAGAAGCGGCUGUUUGUCCUUGUCACCGAGCUUGAAGAUUGCGGAGAGGAGGAUGAGCUGGUCAUGUUGCCGUUGGUAAGAAUAAAAAACUCGACACAGAUGAUUGUUGGUCUCCCAGGUAUUGGCACCAAGCCGGUUUAUAUCGUUCGCACAGAUCCCACAAGAAGGAAUGAACCGGCGCCAUUUGGGAAGGGCGGCUUGAGAUUUAACACCACGGAAUACCACGCUGAGCAGUUAUCUUCGGCUGCUUUAAAGUAG